AUGCAGCGUCUAAACAGCACCACAGGCUUACUUUCGCCCCAUCACUCUAUCAUCCAAGCACUUCAGAAUCCACAGUUGGAGAUGUCCCACGAGAAUGUGAGUCAGGAAAACCAGCAAUGGAACGAUCCUCAAAUUGCGAACGGAUUCUCGUCAUGGCAAUCAAUAUCCAGCGGUUCGCCGCGGCUUGGCCACAAGCGGAGUUCACCGGGCUCCAUACUUUCUAGCAGUGACUCAGACGAGGAGAUCAUCGCCUUCGACUCUGACGACGAGAACGGAGAUACCACCUCCACGGUGAAAGAAUCAAUUCCCAGCUUCAUCAUGCCUCGGGUUUCGAUGUCAGAACCUGAGGGGGUGGUAAAGGUUCAGGUAUUGGGUGCACAAAGUGAAGCUCUUGUAGCGAGGCUAAAGACUUACAAGAAGAAGUUUCUGAAAAACUGCGAAUUCACAAAGAAGGAUCCUCAUUUAAUUCUGUUAAUAGUUGACAACGAGAAUUACGUUCUCCCCAAGCUCUUGAACAAACCGUUCAUUCCAAUACUGUUGGAGGACGAAUAUCGCGGCCAAGACGAGGAGGACUUCGAGGAUCUUUCUUCCCGAACCUUUUUCAAAAACUCCAUGAUUUGUGAUCCCGUGAAGCUGAAGUCGAUUGACCAGGAUUUGUUUGGUCUCAUAAACUUUCUAUCCAAUUUGGACUCCAAGACAUUUGGAUCGACCCUGACUCAUGUGUCCAAGUUCUCUCUUGAAAGCAACGCUAUAUCCCUUUCGCAGCUGAAUUCCAUAGUGUUGGACCAGCAGUCCUCCGAGAUUCUACGCAAGAAAGCGCUAAUGCGGAGGCGUAGCUCGGCUGCAAGAAGUUCCACUUCGCGCUAUGACGAUGACAGUGAGGAUAAGAAGACUCCGUUUACAUCGGUCUACGGGUUGCGGAUCAAACUGGUGGUGGGUGCAACCAUUGGAGCGGUGAGUCUCACGUGCAUUUGGAUGUGGAAGGAGUUCACUACGGCUAUGGACCCGAACUGUGCACUCGAGCUCAAGGAACUGAAGGAACUGAAGGACUUGAAGGAGCCAUCUAUGAAUAUGGACAUAUCGAGGUUAGGGCUCACUCUGGGAUCAUGUUUGGCUCAGGGAAUGCACCAUCUCGAGAGCUUGAGGGAGAUACUUUUGAGCUCAACCUUUUAUUUCCUGGAUAGAACGCAGAUUGCCGUAUCGCAUAUCAUGAGGUUGGCGGAUUCCAUCGUUCCAGGCUAUUUUCUCGAUUGGUGA